UUAUACGAUGAUGGACAUGAACAAAAAUGUUCAAUCGCCAAUUUCUCCAUUUCCGCGAACACUAUUGCUGCGCGAGUUUCAAAGUAUAAGCGAGCCGGAGGUGAUCCUUAAAAUCGUCGGCCGCGGGAAACUCGAAUGAAAUUUAACAUAAUUCGUGUCAAAUAUGAAUUUUGAAAAAUUCGUGACACAAUAUUUUAACGUGACCAGAGGGUAUGGGAGAAUUGCCGGUACGUGGCCGUUCCUAACGAAAUCACACAAGUUCAUUUCUAGCGCUUACAUACAUUUUCUCGUAAUAUCGGCGCUGGUCACGCAGACCGGUCAAAUCGUAGUGUACUUCAGCAUCGGCACUAUAGUGGAACAGAUACCGUUCCUAAUGGUAGCGGUCGCAUCGUACGUGAAGUUCAUUAAUUAUAUAAUUAACACCGAUAAGUUUAAGGAAUUAUUUAUCAAUAUGGUAAAAGAUUGGCAAGAUGAGAAAACCGAGGAAGAGGACAACAUUAUGAAGGAGUACGCGGACAGGGGAGCGUUUUACACGUAUGUAUAUACAACGAACAUAUAUUUUUGUUCGGUCGUGUUUUUUUGCCUUCCCCUCAUACCGCGCGUGUUGGACGUAUUCGCACCCCUAAACGAGUCACGGCCAAGAGUCGAGCUGUAUCCGGGCUAUUAUUUUAUCGAAAAUAACGAUGAUUAUUACUAUUUCAUCAUGUUGUACACUAUGAUAUGCAUGCUGAGUACGAUGUGCGUUUUCAUCGCAACCGACACGAUUCUGCUCUACAUGGUGCAACACGUUUGCGGCCUUCUUUCCCUUGCUGGACAUCGUUUCAAGUAUUCCAUGGGCACCGGUUAUUCACUGACAAACUCAGAGAAAAUCAACAAAGAGUUGGUGUACAAGAAAGUAUGUUACGCUAUUAAAACUCACAAACGAGCUCUCAC